UCUCACUGCACCGUCAGCAACCGGUAUGAACUCGAAGAAAGUCGAAGGCCACUAAACUUUGCACCAGCACUCGAUCGCGUUAGUCUCUCCAUGUGUUCACUCUCCACAACAAAGAAAACAUUCUAUGCCAUGCGCCGCCACAUUUCUAGUAGUCUUUUCGCUCGAUAUUCGUGAUGAAUGCGAGGACGGCUAGGGAUCGUAUCCGCGUGUCCUCUCGCUUUUAUUUUUUCCUAUUCUCCUCAACGAGCUCAGCUUUCGAAAUGGCUAUGUAUCUAGGUUGUGCUGGUCCAUAUACGCCUAGAGUCCUCGUUCCCCACCGAAUACUGUAUUCAUGACAUACAUACCCUUGGAUCUAUCACAUUUAGCGUCUUGCGCACAGGAACAAGACAGAACGGUCUAAAACAAGAAAGAGACCCCCUCUUCCAUUUUUAUUUCCUGUGUACAUUAGACCUUUCAUCCGGAUUCCAAGGACUUGGAGCUGGGCCCGGGUAUUGUACAGCGCUAAUUGGGAUAACCCUAACCGUCACCUCUAAUUUAGUCUUCCGAUUAUAGUAAGGUAACUUUUUUUUUUUUAUAUAUAUAGCUCAACUUUUUCUUUUCCUUGUGUAACAGGCAAAUUUCUUUGCCCCUCAUGUUGGUCCAACAAUUAUGCAGCAGUAUGGCGCAUGAAUAGACUAUAGCCGAACUUAGUAGGAAGAAGCUAGCGUUGGUCGCU